AUGAUUCAACCAAAAAAAUUAAAAAUUACUGUUCCCUGUACUUCCGCGAACAUUGGUCCAGGUUUUGACGUAUUGGGUGUAACUUUUUCUUUAUAUCUUCAUGUUAUGGUCGAGAUCCUUGAUACCAAAAACAAUACUGCCAAUGCAAACUUCAUAAACAUUACUUAUAGUGGAGAGGGUGAAGAUUCUAUACCAUUAACUGCUGAUAAAAAUCUAAUUACAAAAACAGCACUAUAUGUAUUGGCUUGUAACAGCAUUUCGAAUUUACCAUAUUCACUGAAUAUUCAUAUUGACAACAACAUCCCACUUGGACGUGGACUAGGUUCCUCAGGAGCAGCUGUUGUGGCAGGUGUGAUGCUUGGUGAUGUGAUUGGUAAAUUAGGUUUAACAAAAGAUCGUAUGCUUGACUAUUGUUUGAUGAUCGAACAUCAUCCUGAUAAUGUCACUGCAGCUUUAAUGGGUGGUUUUAUUGCCUCAUAUCUAAAUGAUUUAGAUAAUCAAAAUCAGGAUGAAAAUAUAAUACAUAACUCUGAAGUAUUGUCAUCAUCAAAUAAAGGUAGUAGUUAUAUUAAUAAUGGUGGCGGCAUACAAGAAGGAAAUUCUAUGCCCAAUGUACCAUAUGGUAGAAGUAAAUAUAUAAGGUUAAAUUGGGCAAUUGAAAUCAAAGCAAUUGUGGUCAUUCCACAAUUCGAAGUACCCACUGCCAUUUCUAGAAGCGUACUACCUUCUGAAUACAAAAAAGAGGAUUUGAUCUUUAAUUUACAACGAUUAGCAGUGUUAACCACAGCACUUUCACAAUCACCACCAAACCCUGAUUUAAUAUUUCAAGCAAUGCAAGAUAAAAUUCAUCAACCAUAUCGUAAAGAUUUGGUCCCUGGUCUAUCUGAAAUUCUUACAAGCAUAAAACCAAAAACACAUCCGGGGUUAUUAGGAAUAUGUUUGAGUGGUGCUGGUCCAACGAUUCUUGCAUUGGCGACACACAAUUUUGAUGAUAUAUCAACUGCAAUAACUAAUAUAUUUUCUGAAAAAAAAAUUCAAACUGUUGUUAGAGUUUUAGAUGUAAUCAACGAUGGAUCAUAUCUGAUAAUCAACGAUGUGUUUUUUAAGAAAAUGGAGAAAGCUGUCGAAAAUAUUAAAUUAGAAGUUUGUAAUUGUUAUAUGACUUAA